AUCGUGCUGAGGUGGGUGGCAUGGCGGAGAAGGAUGACACCGGAGUUUGACGAAGAGGUGGUUUUUGAGAAUUCUCCGCUUUAUCAGUACUUGCAGGAUUUGGGACACACAGACUUUGAAAUAUGUUCUUCUUUGUCUCCAAAAACAGAAAAAUGUACGACAGAGGGACAACAAAAGCCUCCUCCAGGAGUCCUCCCAAAGCAGAGCAUCUUGUUAAAAGUGGCUGAAACCAUCAAAAGCUGGCUUUCUUUUUCUCAGUGCAGUAAGAAAGAUGACUUACUUCAUAAAUUGGAUACUGGAUUUCGACUCGACUCACUACAUACCAUCCUGCAACAGGAAGUUCUGGUACAAGAGGAUGUGGAGCUAAUCGAGCUGCUUGAUCCCAGUAUCCUGUCUGCAGGGCAAGCUCACCAGCAGGAACAUGGACACCUUCCAACGCUCUGCUCCUUGGCAACCCCUAAUAUUUGGGAUGUCUCAGUGCUGUUUGCCUUCAUUAGUUUGCUCAUUAUGCUUCCCACGUGGUGGAUUGUCUCUUCCUGGCUGGUGUGGGGAGUGAGUCUGUGUAUUUAUUUGGUCACACGAGCUUUGAGAUUUUUGAGGACAGCCAGACUACAAAUGACCCUAAAAAAAUAUCAUGUCCGUUUGGAAGACAUGGCCACAAACAGUCGUGCGUUUACCAACCUUGUGAGAAAAGCUUUACGUCUCAUUCAAGAAACUGAAGUGAUUUCCAGAGGAUUUACACUUUUGCUUGACAGGGUCAGUGCUGCUUGCUCGUUUAAUAAGGCCAGCCAGCAUUCCAGUCCGCAGCUCGUUGGCCUUCGGAAAGCUGUCUACAGGACUGUGAGCGCCAACUUCCAAGCAUCGAGGUUGGCCACCCUAUACAUGCUGAAAAACUACCCCCUGAACUCCGAGAGCGACAAUGUCACCAACUACCUCUGCGUGGUGCCUUUUAAGGAUCUGGGCCUGGGACUUAGUGAAGAGCAGAUCUCAGAAGAGGAAGCACAUCGCCUCACAGAUGGCUUCGGCCUGCCUGCCCUGAAGGUUCUGUUUCAGCUCUGGGUGGCGCAGAGCUCUGAGUUCUUUCGGCGCUUGGCCUUGUUACUUUCCACUGCCAACUCGCCUCCGGGGCCCGAGCUGAGCCCGGGGCGCCUGCCGCUCGGCCUUCUGUCCGAGGUGACGCGGGGCCUGCCCGAUGCACACGCCGCCUGCCUGGAAGAGCUGAGGCGCAGCUACGAGUUCCACCGUCACUUCGAGACGCAGCGCCGCUCGGCGCCUCCACGUCCCUCCUGUGCCCAGCAGAAGUCCCGGGAGCUGAGCAGCGUCCACACGGCAGUGCGCAGCCUGCAGCUCCACCUGAAGGCGCUGCUCAAUGAGCAAGCCUGAAGAGGCGUGUGAAAACCCACACUGCGCCGCAGCGCCCCCACUUCAGCACACUCUGCACAUCGUGGACGAAGACCCGAUCCCAGAGGAGCAGGAGUUAGAAGCUUACGUAGACGAUGUAGACGUGGACAGUGAUUUCCGGAAGGAUGAUUUGUUUUACCUGUCUCAAGAAGACAAGGAAAGACAGAAGCAGGAGCAGGAGGAGUCCAAGCGGGUCCUGCAGGAGCUCAAGUCCGUGCUGGGCUUCAGAGCCUCCGAGGCGGAGAGGCAGAAGUGGAAGCAGCUUCUGUUCAGUGAGCAUGCUGUGUUGAAACCCUUGUGUCCUGUAGAUGCAAUGGAACCCCUAAGUAAUUCAGAGCCAUCAAUGAAUUCAGAUUUGGAAAAAGUCAGUCAAAACGGUGCCGAAGCGGAAACUAGUGAGCCCUCCGUAACGGACAGUGCAAUAAGUAGGACUGAAUAUUCGUGCGGGACCCCUCCUGCCGGGGAGAACGCGGCCAGUCCCGCAGGCGGGGUCCUCUCCGAAGCGGCGGGAGAAAGCGCGUGCUUCCAGCGCGACAGCGAGGCCGAGCCCAAGCCUGAGCUGGAGCCGGAGCCGGAGCCCGAGCUCCGGCCGGCAGCACGGCACACACUGCAGCAGAGACUGGCCCGGCUGCAGCUCUCCCCGGAGCUCACCUUCACUGCCGGCCUUGCCGCCCAGGCGGCCGCCCGCUCGCUGUCCUUCACCACCAUGCGAGAGCAGACUUUCGGCGACGAGGACGAGGAACAGGAGAUGGAAGAAAACCCAGACGAGCCGGAAGGACAGCAAGAACGCGGGUGUACGUGAAGCGGUCUCAGCUAGUCCUUCCCAAGUGUCCUAGCUCCGAGACUGGAAGGGUGAAGCAGUGUGAGUUACUAUGGGCAAAGCUAAGGUGUGAGCUCGCAGGGAGAACCCUGGUUUGAACGAGGGGUCUGAAAUUAGUAGUUACCUGUAAAUGGCAAAUCAUGUAGGAGAAUAAGAAAAAGGUAAGGGCUCCUUGGCUUAAACGGGGAUUUUAUUUGUGGCACAACUGAUAAUCUGGUAAUCCUUCCAGUACUUUUCAUAAGAAAUGAAUUUACUAUUUCUUGCCAGAAUUUGCUGUCCUGAGGUGAUCAGGAUAAUCCUGUCACAACAAGACCGUUUAGUAUGACUUCUUUUUACUGUACCCUUGCAGUUAAGAACUACAGCUAUUCUCAAGUUGUUUGUAUUUUAUUUUUUUGUUUAUACCAACCUUCAAAUAAGACACGGGCUCUGAAUAAAAGAAAAAUUAAUUCAUACAA